GCAAACCAGACUGGGAACGCCAGAGUGCCCUACGACUGCGCCGCGUGCACAUCCCUGCCUCCUCUCUCGAUCGCUCUCCGUCACCGGGACCACUUACAUAGAUCAUCAGUUUUUGCAACCAAGUGCAUCGCGGAUCCAUCGUCGAUAAAUCGAUCAGUUCUUCUCUCCUUUCUUUUUCUUUUUCCCCAGUGUUUUUUUCAAGUGCGUUCUCGUGCGUUCUAUCUUGAACGCGUUGUUCGCUCUCCUCUCCUCCAUCCUGCUGGAUCUUUCGAAUUUUUAGAUCCAGAGAGAGAGAGAGAGAGAGAGGUUUGGAUGUUACGGAACGGAAGAAAAGAUCGUCCACAAUUCUCCUCCCAUCGGAUAACUUUCGUCGACCCUCUAUCAUUCUCGUGAUUCCCGUCUGCAGGAGGGAUAAGAGGAAUAAUAAUAAUAAUAAUCGUAAUAAAAUGCGCGCAGCGUUGACGAGCUACCGAUAAUAAGUGACACGGAGUUUCAUCGAGGGCCUGUAUCGAUCCUUCUUUCCAUCGAGCACCAUUACGAUGCCAGCUCGACCAAAGGGUUGAGGAUAAUAUAAAAGAAAUCAUACGCGGGAAGAGAGAUUUUUCGAAGAUUGCUGAAGAGAGAGAGAGAGAGGAGCGGAUCGAAAGCGAUGCGUUGAGCCAUCGAUCACGGAGCGGCGCGGGGAUGAGCGAGGCGUUCAAUUAAAUCGUUCCAGAAGCGCGAGCGACCGAGAGAGGGAGCGAGAGAGAGAGAGAGAGAGAAAACGAAGAAACGGGGGGAGUUGCGUGACUCGGUUGGAAAAUAUUAGUCGUGGAGACGCGGCUUACGAUGUCGCCUCUCGUUUUCGUCGCCAUACCGAAUCGUCGGUCGCGCUGAAUCACGGGACGAUCGUUGCUCCUCCUCCGCCCCGAACAGAUUCAACCGGAUCCGGGUGUACGACGAGAUCAAUUCCUUCUCUCCGAGAUCCUCCUUUCCCCUUUCGUUUCGAGGGUCGAGACGAAAAUCCUCCUCGAAAGAUCCGAGGAGGAGGCGAGCAAGGGGCAGAAGGAAGAGGAAAAAAAGGAAAAAGAAAAAAAAAGAAACGAUCGACGAUCGCUCGAUCAACGCGUCCAUGUUCUAGCGUGGAGCGUGCGUCCCCCGCCGAUUGAUUUGGCGCGCGCGUGACGGGAAAGAGGAACACGGGACUUUGGAGGUAUUCCAAACGGCGGAUAUACACAUCGUGGACGAUGAAGUGGUGCUUAGUGAUGCUGAUUCUGGCCGGUGUCACGAGGGCCGACAAUUCGGUCGACGCGGACUAUUCGAUCCUCAAGUGUCCGGACCUGAAUUCCCAAGAGGAGAUCGAUUUGAACGAGAUAAUGGGCAAGUGGUACGUGGUCGAGGUGUUGGAGCACAAAGUCGAUCCAUCGAAGCCCAACGGCUCGUACAAGGUCAAUUCCUGCCCGAUCGUCAAGCUGAGAGCGGUCGAGAACACGUCCAAGUACCUCUCCUCGUUGAGGCUGUUGUGGACCGAGGAGAUCGGCGACCUCGAGUACACUUUCCGGAUACCGGACGUAUCCAGGAAGCCGGGCUUUUGGAUCUCCACCUCUGUGCAAAAUGGCACACUGGUGGAGAGGGGGUACAAGCAAUUCAGCGGGAACGUGCACGUGAUGAAGGCCGUCGCCUCGGACAUGGUGCUGACAUUCUGUUCCCGGAACCCGGACAAUCAGCUGUACUCGUUGCUACUCUCGCGGGAGCACAUCUUGCAAAAGAGCGACAAGCGAGGGGUGCACAAUCUGCUCGGCCGCCGCGGCCUCAAGAUCGUCAAUAUCCGGGAGACGUGCAUGAACAACGCCGCCUGGAGAAGAGGAUCCUUCGAUCUGAUCGGGUGGCUGGCUCUGAUGGGGGUGUUGUCCUCGGUAUUCUUCGGCUCCUGGUAGUUGUGGUAACGAAACAAACAAGGGAUAAACGAAACGGAAUUUUCGUUUAUGGUUGAAUCGUCGUUAGCUGCGUUGACGUUUCUACGUUGUUGUUGUUGUGUAUCCGCGUCAUUCUAGCGGACCUGGUUAUUUCUGCAUUAUUUCUCGACGAAAUAAAAUCUCUACCGAGUAAAAGGAAAGGAUUAAGAGGAUUUCUCGUUGCCGAGAGGAACAUCGAAUUCGAACGAAACGAAACGAAGAGAAUGUCUUCUCCUUAAUUGCCAACGCAGCUAACGAUUUCGCGUCCAUUGCAAUAAAACCCCUCCCCGGCGCGAUAUCGUAACGAGAAUCUCGACGGAAAAAACUCGAAUUUAUCGCGUUUUGGCCUCGUGUGAUUCGACCUCGCGCGAAACCGGGACGGGAAAAGGAUGCACUGGUUUGCGGGCGAUUCUCGUUAUUCUCGGCACGACGCCAGGGAAACGAUCCCCGUUAGAUGGUGCAUCGUUUCGCGUCGUCCUCGCAGGUUCUUCCUGUGCUUAUUAUCGCGGGGCUUUGUUCCUCCGAUGGAGCUGCCGACCCCUCGAGUCCUCUCGACUGAAACAACAACGGGCUCGAACCUUCCCCAACCACGUAUCUACGAUAAUAUAUAUAUAUACGCGAGAUUAUUGCAUAAUUAAAGAGGAGGGACCCGAGUGUUCAAAUCGAUCGGAUAUCGUUCGUAACUCUUUCAGUCCAGGAUCGUUCGCAUUCGUUUGUAUAGAAUAUAUAAAAAAGAUUAGAGGACGAAGGUGUAUCUAAUUUUAAUCAUCGUUGGACGAGACGAUUUCUUGGUUCGUCGUAUUUUCAUUCCUUUUAUAGAAUUGUUCUCUAAACUCUUUAUUUCUUCUCAGAAAAAGGGAAAGGAAAAAAAGACAUAUCAGACGUUGUCGUUGUUGUUGAAGAAGAGUGAAGAAAAACGGAGAGGACAAAGAUUUACGGAUUGAAAGAGUUAAACGAAACGAGUUUAACGCGAGGAAACUCGCUGCUCCACCCAAGAUAAUCCUCCUUUUCGAAAAAAUAAGAAGGGGAGCGUUCCCGUGAAGAUUAGCGAAGAUUAGAUAGAAAUGCAUGUUGUAUGUAUCUCUCGGUUCGUGGAUUUAAGAAGACAAUAGUAAUGUAUCAAAUCGAUCGCGUCGAUGAAAAGAAUCGAUCUCGAGUAGAACGAUCCUAAGAUUCAUCUGUUCGAGCGAAGAAGAGAAGGGAAGAAAGAAAGAAAGAAAGAAAAGAAGAAGAAAAAAGAAGCCGAAGUCGAUUUCUUCCAUUCUUUCCAUUGUGUACCGUGAAAGUUUAAACGAAUUCUCGUUGUGACGCGAUCGAAACACGAUGAAUUUCUCGCUCGACAAAGAUGUUAUAAAUACGAAAUGCAACAGGAUGAAGCGAAUAAAUUAAAAUAUCAUCGGGAUCUAUAGUUAUAAAUAAAUCGUGUUACGAGUUUCUCCGCGCGUUUCUUUCUUCUCUGUCUCCGUUUUAGGAUAAUAAUAAGAAAAAAGUAAAAAAAAGAAAAAAAAAAAGAAUUAUCCAUUCUAAAAUAAAAUAAAAUCGCGAUAUAGCGCGAAAUUAUUCGAAUAUCAUCGAAUGAUACGAUGAUUUUCCAUUCCAUUCCAACGACGAAGCAACGGUGUACGAAUUGUAUAAAUAGUUGAAUCUUAUCGUUAUAGAUUUAUUAUUCGUAUCGCGGUUGAUCUUUCGAAGAUUGAACCUAAACAGGACACUGAAAGAUCGAGUUAAUCGAGUAACAUUCGUGUCCUUUUUUCACUCGAUCGCACUCGCUUUUUCAUUCGUAACGCUCGAACAUUCACGCAUACACACACGUAUACACUCACACACACACACACACACACAUAUCUUUUUAUACUUAAUCGAGAUUCGUUGAGGCGCUUUUUUAUAAUAAGAAUCUUUGAAUUCUGCCAAUUUUGUGUCUUCGUAUGCCUUUUUAUACGAACAAGAUCGGAACGUACGUAAAAAAAAAAAAGAAAAAGAAAAAGAAAAAAAAUUUUAUGCUUGACUUUUACCCUUUUUCUACGCGAUCUAUACCCGAUUUCAAUAUUAUACUACGCUAUUUGUGUCCGAUAUCAUCCAUCCCUCUUCGAACGAUUUUCUAUAAUAUAUUAUCCAACCUAGGAUAAUAAAACUGUGAAUGAAGACAAACCGUGGCAAGAUUAUCGAUUUAUAUCACACACGUUACACAGGCAGCGAUCAUGUUCUCACAAGGCGCGUCACGAUAUUUGUGAGAGCAGAAACGAAUGCGUUUGAGCGAGCGUUUGUUUGAUGCGUUGAAAAAAAAAAGAAAAAAAAGAAGAAAAAAAAAACGAAGCAAAGAAG